UAAUUUAAUCCUCAUUAAACCCGAGAGUUCUGAAAAAGAACGAGCUGAGUCUGCCGCCGGUUAAUUGCUAAAUCCAGACGAUGAAGUUGUACUUUGUUUUUUUACUUAUCGCCGUUCUUCCCAUUCCCUUAUAUGCCCGUUCAAUGGUCCUCCUCCUCCCCUUCGACGAUCUCUCAGACGCCGUUUCAGCCCCAGAUGACGACGAUGGCUCAUACUCCGAUUCCGAUGAAUUCCACGGCUCCGAACCCGACUAUGACACUAUCGUCGACCCGGGUUCAUGGUCCGACAUAUUGGAAUCCCCUGCUUGUGUCAAUGGCACCAGCAUAAUCAAUAAUGAGGAUAAUAAAGAUUAUGACAGGGUUUAUUGUGAGGGGAUGAGGAAGAUGUUGGAGGCGGGGAGUGGUGGGGGAUACAGGGUGAUGGAGGAGGCCGUGUCUGAGAUUGAGGCGGCUGCUGCGGCGGGGAAUCCCCACGCGCAAUCGGUGAUUGGGUUUUGGUAUAACAUGGGAAUGACUAGGGAGAUGAGCCAAGCUAAGGCGUUUUUAUAUCAUUCUUUUGCAGCUGAUGGUGGGAAUUUGCAGUCCAAGAUGGCACUGGCUUAUACUUAUUACCGUCAGGAGAUGCAUGAUAAGGCAGUUAAUCUGUACGCUGAAUUGGCAGAGGUAGCAGUGAAUAGUUUUCCCAUCUUGAAGGACUCAUUAAUUGAAACAAUUAGGAUCCAUGACGGCCCAGAAGAAAAUAAGGAAGCUCUAAGGAAGUCCAAAGGAGAGGAGGAUGAGGACUUUCAAAUUUUGGAAUAUCAGGCACGGAAAGGGGAUGCAGAAGCCAUGUAUCAAGUCGGAAUAUUUUAUUACUUUGGUUUGAGGGGAGUAAGGAGUGAUCAUGCAAAGGCAUUGAGGUGGUUCUUGAAGGCUGUGCAAAAGGGUGAACCUAGGUCAAUGGAACUUCUUGGAGAGAUAUAUACAAGUGGAGUGGGAUUUUAUAAGAACUACACCAAGGCGCUAGAAUGGCUUACCCUAGCAUCUGAACGGAAACUUUAUUCAGCUUACAAUGGGAUGGGAUAUUUAUAUGUCAAGGGUUACGGAGUGGAAAAGAACUAUACGAAGGCCAAAGAAUAUUUUGAGAAAGCUGCUGACAAGAAAGAACCAGGUGGAUUCUACAAUCUUGGGGUAAUUUAUCUCAAGGGCCUUGGCGUGAAGCGAGAUUUGAAGAUAGCACGAAGAUAUAUAUUGGCAGCUGUUAAAGCAGGCCAACCAAAAGCUUUCUACCAAUUGGCAAAGAUGUUACAUAGUGGUGUGGGGAUGAAGAAGAAUCUUCCAACGGCAAUUAAGUUAUACAAAAUAGUUGCAGAGUGUGGACCAUGGACUUCCUUGUCUAGAUGGGCAAUAGAGUCGUAUCUGAAAGGUGAUGUCAGCAUGUCAUUCCUUUUGUACAGUAGAAUGGCAGAGAUGGGGUAUGAGGUGGCACAAAGUAACGCAGCAUGGAUCCUUGACAAAUAUGGAGAACAUGUUAUGUGCAUGGGAGAGUCGGGGAUGUGCACAGAUGCUGAAAGACAUCAGCGUGUUCACUCCUUAUGGUGGCAAGCUUCUGAGCAGGGUAACGAACAAGCUGCUUUGCUUAUAGGGGAUGCAUAUUACUAUGGCCGGGGUACAGAACGAGAUUAUGUUCGCGCGGCAGAGGCUUAUAUGCAAGCCAAAUCUCAGUUGAAUGCGCAGGCCAUCUUCAACCUGGGAUACAUGCAUGAACACGGGCUAGGAGUACCAUUUGAUCUUCACCUUGCGAAGCGUUACUAUGAUCAAGCCUUAGAAGUUGAACCUGCGGCUAAGUUGCCUGUAACACUAGCCCUUGCAAGCUUGUGGAUGCGAAAGAAUUAUGCCAACGGUUUCAUGAUCAGUAUGAUUGAUGGACUUCCUGAAGUUUUUCCUAAAGUGGAGGCUUGGGUGAAGGAUGUUAUUAUGGAGGAAGGAAAUGCAACAAUUCUAACACUCUUUGUCUGCCUGCUGGCAAUCCUUUUUCUUCGCGAGCGGCAAAGGAGACAUGCUGCAGCUGGAGACAUGGCCCUGCCACCCCAACCUCUUCGGUAGGGCAGUCGUGGAAUUUAUUGAACGUGAGGAGGAUAAUGUUUGUGUUUCACCCAUUUAUGGGAAUAGGGUUCUUUUGCUGUUUAUGUAUAGGUGUUUAUUUCAUCAGUUUGAUUAAAGAGAAGCCAUUUUUUCAGGCAUGUUGUGAGUAGAGGAGGUUCACAAAGGUGAAAAUGGCAAUAUAGGUUUUCCACAGUUCAGUUCUAGUAUGGAAGAUGAAUAUCUGGCAGCUGAAUUUAUUUUAUUUUUAAAUCCUAUAUCAGAGUAAGAAUCUAAUUCUCAUUGGGUUUUCAGCAAAGAUCAAUUCAUAUGAAAAUAUAUGUCACCCAUAUAAUUGUCUAGCACACGAGCCGUAUGUUAAGGUUGUCUGUUUGGUAUUCCGUAUUGGAACACGUGAAACGAUUAGAAGAGAUGAUUUUUAUAUAAUGUUUUAAUAUAGUGUGUGGAUUACAUUUGUGGAAGCUAA